AUGGUAGAAGUAGUUGACGAGGUAAUGAAUAAGUUGAAUGAAAAUGGAAAAACAACUUCACCAAAAGAUAUUAUACAGGUUUAUUGUCAACUCAAGUGUGAUAACGAAGAACUUACCUCAUUAAAAAUUUAUCAAGAAAAGCGUAAAAAGAUUAUUCGAAUAAAAGCUAACGCUCAGCAUUUACUGGAUUGGCUUAUAAUACGUAGUGGUAAAGGUGCAACCGCAUUAAUGGUAGAAGAGAAUUGGAAUUAUGGCUUCGCUCUCGAAGAUAAAUAA